GCGGCGAGCGCCUGCAGUACGUUGACAGCGUGGUAGGGGGCCCAGAGCAAGCCAAAGGCCAGCACGAUGGCGACCACCAGCCGGCCCACCCGCGCCCCGUGCCGCCUGGCGCCCCAGCGGGUGCCCCGCAGCCGCACCAGCGUCACGCCGUAGCAGCCGAGCACCAGCCCGAAGGGCAGCACGAAGGCGGUCAGGGUCUCCAGGCUCAGGUGGGCGGCGGCGUGGGCGGGCGACGGGUGGCACAGCUGGCACACGCGGUCCGCCCAGAGGUGGCGGUACACGGCGGCCGGGCUGGCGAGCACCAGGGCGGCCAGCCAGACGGCCAGCAGCAGGCGGCGGGCCAGGGCCGGGCUGCGCAGCCGGGGCGCCAGGAAGGGGCGGGUGAUGGCGAGGCAGCGCUGCAGGCUGAGCAGGCCGGUGAGCAGCACGCUGGCGUACAUGCUGAGCGCGCACACGUAGUACACGGCCUUGCAGCCCGCCUGGCCCAGCGGCCAGGCCUGCCGGGUCAGGAAGGUCACGAAGAGCGGCGUGAGCAGCAGCACCGAGCCAUCGGCCAGCGCCAGGUGCAGCACGAGCGUGGCCGCCAGCGGUCGCCCCCGUGCGGGCCGCCAGCCCGCCAAGCUCCACACCACGAAGCCGUUGCCCGGCAGCCCCAGCAGCGCCGCCAGCAGCAGGAAGGCUGUGCCUGUGACCCGCGAGGUCUUCCAGCUCAGCAGCGUCUCGUUUCCCGGGGGACCGUAGCAAACCGACAUCCCUAGGCGCCUACGGGAGGCUGGAAAGAGCCAUGGAGCGCUUUCAGGUGGGGCAAAAGCCCACGUUACGCCUGAUGCCGCUCCAACCCCGCCGAGAACCACCGAGCCCAGAACUCCCGGGAGAGGCAACUCUCCUGCUCCUUCCCUCCACCAUGGAGUACCUCUCUGCCCUGGACCCCAGCGGCCUGCUCAGGUCAGUAGCCAGUAUGAGCUCCGAUUUGGGCCGUAAGGUCUGGACCUCGGCUCCACCACCCCCGCGACCUUUCCGCGUCUGUGAUCACAAGCGGGCCACCCGGAAAGGCCUUACAGCUGCCACCCGCCGGGAACUGCUACACAAGGCACAGAAGACUCUGACGCUGAGUGGAGUGCUAAAACUGGUGCUGGAGGAGGAUGGGACCACAGUGGACAGCGAGGACUUCUUCCAGCUGUUGGAGGAUGACACAUGCCUGAUGGUGCUGGAGUUGGGACAGAGCUGGAGCCCCAGCAGGAGUGGGGUGCUGUCGUAUGGCCUGGGCCGGGAGAAGCCCAAGCACAGCAAGGACAUCGCCCGCAUCACCUUCGACGUAUACAAGCAAAACCCUCGAGACCUCUUUGGCAGCCUGAACAUCAAAGCCACGUUCUACGGGCUCUACUCCAUGAGCUGUGACAUUCAAGGACUCGGCCCAAAGAAAAUACUCAGGUCCAUUCCCAGCCACCCAGCUCUUUAGAGUGAGGAAAGGGGACAUUUGGAAAGGUCAAAGAUCGGUGCUGGUACUCACCCAGCUCAGCAGCAAUUUCCUUCCGGGCCCCCAGGGCUGCCCCACUCCAGAUGGCAUCAAGCACACGGCUGCCGUGGCGACUACAGGCCAGAGCCACAUACUGUCCCUGCAUUGAGACAAGCAAGGUAGGGCCCUCUAGGGCAGUCCACAGAAGUGUGUUGGGUUGGGGUGGGCAUGAGGGCUGAAGUUCAGAGGCUGAGUUGAAGCAGUCUAGGAACUACACAUCCUCUCUGUGACUCCGAAGCACAGUCCUGGGGGAAGCUCACAUUCUCUAAAUGGAGGAUGGCAGAGGAAUCAAAGCAGAAGCCAGAAAUCUAACCUUUAGGGUCUUCAGCACCCGGCGGCGCUGCUUGCGUGUCACGGAGGGGCUGGUCAGGACAGCAUCAAGCACAUGGGAACCAGCAGGGCUUUGGGCCAGAGUCAGAAGCUGUGGUCCUGUCAAGGCACCCAAACUUCGAAGUAUAAUACCAGGACUGGAGAAGUGCAGCAAAUGCUGGAGCAGUAGAGACCCAAGGACUGUCACUUCCCCCAGGUCCCUGGCGGUGGCCAUUUCUACCUGGAAGGACAGAGACAGGGAAUUAGGAGGCAGCCACCAAACUGCCACCUUCACUUGGAUGAAGCCAGAGAUCUCACCACCCUCACCUCAGUGGUGAGGGGCUUCCUAAGCCCUGGGAGGCCUGGUCCCCAGUUAGUCACAGGUUUGGCCUCUCCCCUACCUCACCUGGUGCUCUGCGGGCACUGCCCCCUCCUCCUCUGCCAGUCCAUAGUACACCUCAUAAGUCAUCAAAGUGGCAAAGAGAGGCACACAGGCCACUUGCCGGGAAGAAGGCUCUGCACAGUGGAACGCCUAGAAAGGAAGACAAAACAUGAAACUGAGAACUAACCUCAAGUAAUUCAUCCCUAAUCUCGACUUCCCAGACAGGGGAAAGCAUUCAGGACAGAUGAGAAUGCCUGAGUCCACAAGAACAUAAGUUGCAUGAGGACAGGAUCUCAUCUGCCUUGCUGUAUCCACAGCCUCCAUAUAUGUAACGGGCUGAAUAAAUAUUUAUUCCUUAAAACUUCUCUCUCUGUUCUGGGAGACUAUUUUCAUUCCAGGGCCAUGAGAUGGUUUUGGCUUCAUUUCCCCCUGUAUCUGUGAACUCCCUGGGCACUAGAUCUCUUGGGUCCACAGAUACAACGACUGAAGAUUAGCUAAGUCCUAGCAGGUAGAAUUUGAACUGAGGGCAUAAAUGGGUUGCGGGUAACCACCACUCACCUCCAACAACAGCUGUAGGACCUGGGCUUGGUGGAUCCCAACUCUGUGGCAGGCCCCGACCAGGGCAAUGACUACCCCUGAGUGACCCUGAGCCAGCACAGCUUCCAGGGCAGGGCUUAGCUCCUCAAACACGGGGGACAGCUGAGGGGAGACAUGGGUUAAAGAAUCUGGCAUUCUGGUAACAGUGGGCUGAGUUAUUGAGAGAAAUCUUCCUGCCAAAAACAACUAAAAAUGCUAGAUGAAACAUAAAAGCAUUGCCAAUAACAGGACUUUGGUUUGGAUGGAUAAGGAAGGUCCAGAACAAAGGGGCAGUCUUAGAGGUGCGGCCUCCCAUGGGGAGGGGAUUGUAAAUGGCCAUACUCUCAGGAUAAGGGAGGACUAGAAUUAAACCUCCCCUUCUACCCCAGAUCUCAACCCAUGAGAUCCCAGGGAAACAUGCCUUGGCACUAAGCAGCAAAGGAAAUGAGAAGCUAGGACAGCAGCUCCAGUGCUCAUAUGGAUUUGUAGCCAAGUACCCAGAGACUGCGCGAGCCACGGAAGCUCAGGCUGAGAACUUGAAUUACGCUGGUCUCCUGCUGGCAUUGGCACCUGAGAGAAGCCAAAGCAAAUCCUUUCUGGGAAGAAGGCACCUUUACCCUAAGCUCUGGGAAGCCUCCAGGAAUAACUUCUCAAGGGGAACGGCCAGUACACUGUUGAAAAUACAGACGCAGGCAUACAAUAAAGCAAAUCCCAAUGAACAAGAACUAAAAGGAAUGGACUCAGCCAAGUUCCUGACUCACCAGCUCAGGAGUGGUGACAGCAUCCAGGAAACGCUGCAAAGGGAAGUUAGCAAUAGGAUGUGCAGCCAGGGUCUGCAGCUGUCCUUGGAAGUGAUCCUCAAAGAGGCUCUGGAGCCUUGGGGGCUCCGACACCAGCAGCACCUGCUCCAGGAGUCUGGAGCUCGUCUGAUCGCGCAGAAAUAGCAGUAGGGGACUGGGGACAAGGAGAGGGUGAUCAGGUAGUCUUCACUUCACUUCAUCCAAAAUAACCACAUCUUACCAUGGUGAUCAUUUUGAAGUGUACUGAAAUAGCAAAUCAUCACGUUGUGUGACAGGAACUAACACAGUGUUGUAUGUCAAUUAUACUUCAAAAGCAAACAAACUUAUAGGAAAAGAGGUCAGAUUUGUGUUUACCAGAGGCAGGGGCCCUGGGGGUAGGGGGAACUGGCGGAAAGCGAUCAAAGGUACAAAUGUCCAGUUAUAAGAUAAAUACUAAGGAUGUAAUGUAUAACAUGAUAAAUAUAACUAACACUAGUGUAUGUUUUACAUGAAAGUUGUUAAGAGU